CGGCGCUGCGGCAGCAUGCGGGGCUGCGGCGGCCGCCGCGCCCUCAUGGCCUUGCUGGCCCUGCUCCUGCCCGCAGCCGCCGCCGCCGGCCCCGCCACCGGCCCCGGGGCCGCGGCGGCGGGGGAGAGCCCCGGCAAUUUUAUGGAGGAUGAGCAGUGGCUCUCCUCCAUCUCCCAGUACGGAGGGAGGAUCAAGCACUGGAACCGCUUCCGAGACGAGGUGGAGGACGAUUACAUCAAGAGCUGGGAGGACAACCAGCCUGGGGAUGAAGCCCUGGACACCACCAAGGACCCCUGCCAGAAGGUGAAGUGCAGCCGGCACAAGGUGUGUGUGGCGCAGGGCUACCAGCGUGCCAUGUGCAUCAGCCGCAAGAAGCUGGAGCACAGGAUCAAGCUGCCGAGCACCAAGGGGCACGGGGGCUGCAGACCCUGCCACGCCGCACCGCUCGCUGCCGUCUGCGGCUCCGACGGCCACACCUACAGCUCAGCGUGCAAGCUGGAGCAGCAGGCGUGCCUGGCCAGCAAGCAGCUGACCGUGCGGUGCGAGGGGCAGUGCCCCUGCCCAACCCCACACAGCCCUGCCGUUGACAGCAAGCAAGAGCCGUGCACCGGGCAGGACCUGGCCGACCUGGGCGACCGCCUGCGUGACUGGUUCCAGCUGCUGCGGGAGAACGCCAAGCAGAACGGCUCCAGUGGCCUCCCAGCCAGCCCGACCACUGCACUGGAGAGGAGCGUAGCAGCCAGCUGCAAGGAGGCAGUGGGGUGGAUGUUCGCCCGGCUGGACACGAGCGGGGAUCUCUUCCUGGAGGCGGCUGAGCUGGCUGCCAUCAACCUGGACAAGUACGAGGUGUGCAUCCGCGCCUUCUUCAACUCCUGCGACACCUCCAAGGACGGCCGUGUCUCUGCUCCCGAGUGGUGCUUCUGCUUCUGGAGGGAAAAGCCGCCCUGUCUGAGGGAGCUGGAGAAGAUUCAGAUCCAAGAAGCAGCUAAAAAAAAGCCGGGCACCUUCAUCCCCAGCUGUGAUGAGGAUGGGUACUACCAGCGGGCGCAGUGUGAGCCGGGCGGCGGUGAGUGCUGGUGUGUGGACCAGCACGGUGUGGAGCUGACGGGCACCCGCAGCCAUGGCAGCCCUGACUGCGAGGAGGCAGCAGGGUUUUCAGGUGACUUCGGAAGCAGCGUGGGCUGGGAGGAUGAGGAGGAGAAGGAGCCGGAGGAGACGGGUGAGGAAGGCGAGGAAGAGGAGGGCGAAGCAGGCGAGGGCGAUGAUGGUGGCUACAUCUGGUAGAGGAGCAGCAGAGCCUGGUGGGCGGCACAGCCGGGUGGCAGCCCCCCAGCUGGGGGUCUCCAUGAACCCCCACCACUGGUGCGGUGUGGGGCAGGGGUACCCCCACGGCCCUGUGUGGGAUGGGGCACCGGGGUGCUCGCCCAGGGAGGGGGCGAGCGGGGCGGGAGCUGCGCUUGUGCGAAUCUGAGCUUUUUGUCUUUGGGUAAAGCGGCGCAGGCCUAGAGCAGGGCUGUGUGCCCUGCGGCCCGGCCAGCAGCGCUGAUAAACGUGGGGAGAAGAGGAACAAAACCACCCCCCCCAUAGAUAACCUGCCCCUGCCCCGCAUCCCCCUCGUGCUGUGCUUGCGUGGCCGCCCCGGCCCCCGGCGUUGUGUAGCGGCUGUGAAAUAAAUACCCCGUGCUGUGUCAAG